GUUAUUUCCUCUCUCUCUUAAUAGUUUCAGUUCAUAUUCAUUUUUUUCUAUUUCUAUCUUUCUCUCACCCUCACUCUGUCCCUUGCUCACUCACAAUUUUCUCAGAUUUAGUUUGAUUUGAUUCCAUAAACCAAAACAUAAACACAUAAAUCACUUAGAUUAAUUAUUGUCUUAUUUUCCAGUGUUUAGGAAUAAGAAAGAUGCAAUCUUGCGGCUCUGAUUCACAACAUCCUAAGCAGCACGAACAACAACGACAACAACAACCACCCCCUCCUCCUCCUCCACCACCGCCACCGCACUCGACACCAUGGGUCCCGAUGCAGUAUCCAACAACAGCAAUGGUAAUGCCUCACCAAAUGUUGUCACCUCAUCAGCAUUACGCUUUACACCCACCGCCUCCCCAACACUAUAUGGCUGCCACCGCUUACCACCACCAGUACCAGCACCCUCACCAACAACACCACCAUCCCGCAGCCAUUGCCUCCCCAAUCCACCACCACCUUCACCAGCAUAGCAACCACGUGGCGGGAUCUGUAGCCGAUAACAAGACCGUCUGGAUCGGGGAUUUGCAUAACUGGAUGGAUGAAAAUUACCUCCAUACUUGUUUUGCUUCCACCGGCGAGAUCGCUUCCAUUAAGGUGAUUAGGAAUAAACAAACUGGUUUAUCUGAAGGGUAUGGAUUUGUCGAGUUUUUCACACACGGGACAGCUGAGAAAGUUCUACAAAAUUAUACCGGCAUUUUGAUGCCUAAUACCGACCAACACUUCCGUCUUAAUUGGGCAACAUUUAGCACGGGAGACAAGCGAUCAGAUAAUGCUCCCGAUCUUUCUAUUUUUGUUGGCGACUUAGCUGCAGAUGUUACUGACAGUUUAUUGCAUGACACUUUUGCCAAUAGAUAUUCGUCGGUUAAAGCUGCCAAAGUUGUGUUUGAUGCCAACACUGGUCGUUCAAAAGGUUACGGUUUUGUUAGGUUUGGAGAUGAUAGUGAGAGAACACAAGCAAUGACUGAAAUGAAUGGAGUGUAUUGUUCAAGUAGGGCCAUGCGUAUUGGUGCUGCAACUCCUCGCAAAUCUUUUCUAUCUGAAAAUGAUUCCACAAAUACAACUGUGAGUAUUGUAACUUCAUGUGUUCACAACAAAAGUUCUUGUUACUACCAUUUUACGCAGAGGCACUUUCUAUGUCUGCAGAUAUUUGUAGGAGGGCUUGAUCCCAAUGUCACUGACGAGGAUCUGAAGCAGACUUUCACUCAACAUGGUGAGAUAGUCUCUGUCAAAAUACCUGUUGGUAAAGGAUGUGGCUUUGUACAAUUCGCUAGUAGGAGCAAUGCUGAGGAAGCAUUGCAAAAGUUGAAUGGCACGAUCAUAGGCAAGCAAACAGUUCGCCUCUCGUGGGGCCGCAAUCCAGCAAACAAGCAGUUCAGGGUAGAUUUUGGGAACCAGUGGAGUGGGGCCUACUACGGAGGCCAAGUUUACGACGGAUAUGGAUAUGUCAUGCAAUCACCUCAUGAUCCAAGGAUGUACGCAACAACAGCUGCAUACGGGGCAUACCCUCUGUUUGGCAGCCAUCAACAACAAGUAAGCUGAGAGAAAUGAAAUAAGACAAAAGGAGAUCUUCUUCCAAAUCGGUGGUUCAUCAUGGUUUCAAAGAAUAACAAGUAGGUCUCUGUGGCUGAUCAUAUUGGAUGAUGUAAGGAUAAGAAGAAAACAAACAAGAAGAGGCUUAAUGUUGUCUCAGUUGCUUUGUCACUCCUAGCUAGCUAGUUAUUGGUAAUGGUAGAACUUGUUUUGGUGAUAAAAGUCCAGUCCUCUAUAGUUUAGGGAUUGGAAUCGAAUUUUGAACACAAAAAAAUAGAAGUUUUUUUUAGUUGUAGGGAGGGAAUUGAUUGAUUGGUUAUUAUUUAUUUAGAUUAUUGGGGUAGUGAUUUGAAGAUAGGCCUUCUCUCUUCAAAUCUUGUGUUGCCUGCUGCAUUCAUCCAUGGUUUAGCUAAUAAAACAUUGUCCUUAAGUGUAUGAUAUG